AUUCGAUCAACUAGAUACUAUCUUAUUGAAAAAUAUAAUAUUGACAAUUUUGCACCUCCAAGAGUGUAUAAUUACAAUUUAAAAUGUGGAAAAAAUGAUAAAAUUUUUGUAAACUUUAACGAGGGACAAACACGAAAACGUAUGAUGCUUAGAACAGAUUCUAAAGGAGAAUUUUACUUGAAAGGACUUCAAGGAGAUUAUAGAUUUGUCAGAUCAAAUAAAUUCAAAGAUUAUGGAAAACGUAUCUGUACGAUAUGUAAUAAUCUAAAUUAUUGUGAGAAUGUACAUUUCAUUUAUAGGAAUACUUUUGAAAAACGACCAUUUUGUAGAUCUU